AUGGUUGGACUAGGGCCGAGUGAUCAAGGAUGCGGUUCCUUUGAUGUGAGUGUGGGUGGCCGUGAGGGCACCACACCUAAUGUCAGUAGUAACAUUGUUGGCGAUACGCCAUCUAGUGUGGGCGGCCGUGAAGGCACUACGCUUAACGUCGGUAAUGGUGUCGUUGGCGAUACGCCGUAUAGUGUGGGCGGCCGUGAGUGCACCACACCUGAUGUCAGUAAUGAUAUUGUUGGCGAUACACCAUUUAGUUUGUGCGGCCGUGAUGGCACCACGCUCAAUGUCAGUAAUGAUAUUGCUGGAGAUACGCCAUAUAGUGUGGGCGGCCGUGAGGGCACCACACCUAAUGUCGAUAAUGACAUUGAUGGCGAGAUGCCGUAA